AUGUAUGGUUCAGUAUUUGUUACUAAGCGAAAGCUUGCGGUACCAAACGUUCCUUCGCGCAGCUCCGCGAGAAUCGCUGCAGCGCCUGCAAAGCCGGUCUAUAGUGAAGAUGAUCGUGAUCGGAGAGCGACAGGUCGUCCAAAAGCGGCAAGCAAACAACAGGCAAAGACCCGACAAAGUAACCCUGCGGAUCGCAAUAUCGAAGCCACCGUCCUACUUCAAGACAUUGAUAGUAUCAAACGAUCGUGGACAGACUGGACGCCACAAGCCCCUCUACCAACCCGAGACGAAGAGCAAGUCUUCCAUUUCGAAGACUAUCCCGACUUCGCGCCGAACAAAUCGCCAGAGGAAAUGCUGAGAGAAGGUUGCUUCGGCGGCUCUUAUUUCCGGCCUCUACGAUCUAGAAGGCUAGGCAUUAUUAUCGAAAAUGAUUGGCAGGAGUUACCAAACCAGUGGAUUGCAGACCUGAACGCGGAAACAUUCCUCACCAAUCCAGAAUACAAUGCCGAUGUGAACAAAUAUAAAGUCGCCUGUGGCCAAAGCAUCGAAGAAUGGGAAGCCAGCGGGUGGAUCCGCCACGAAUAUGAUGUGCGAGGCUGGUUCCAGUGGUAUUCGCGCUUCUUCCAAGGACGACGGUGCGAUGACGAUGAACGGCAAGUUAGUCGAUGGAAAAAAUGCGUUGGAGAAACCGGUCGGUGGCGCAGGAUGCUGUUGAAGAAAUAUAUGCAGCUCGGUGUUCGCGAGGUUUUCGAUGACGGCGCCAAUGAGGAUGCACCAGAAGUGAGCCCAGUCAUGCACCAGACUUGUCACCAUUGGGCAUUCGAGGUGCGGCAAGAACACCUUGACAAAUUUUGGGCUUCAGGCGGGCGAUAG